AUGGAUUAUCGACGGAACUCACAGGUUCUAAAUAAGCAACAGCAGGCUACUGUUAAUCCCCAUAUAUACUCCAGCUUCGCAGGCACCGCGCCUCCACGCAUUACAAAUGGCAUUGUGCUCGAAACGCCGACCAUGUGGUGGGAUGAGGAACGCAUCGAAGCGACAGUCACUCGCCAAUUUGUCUUGUCGAACCUACGACCCGACGAACAGCUACGAUUAAAUCAACCGCUAGGUUUCGGCGAUGGCUUGACAGACGAUACUUACAUAGAAUGGAUCGAGGAGAAGGCCAAACGCAUCUUUCUAGUCUUGGUCGACCUUGGAGUUCCGGACCAGAUAUUCGGCAUUAUCGAUGAUUCUUGGGACGACGAUGAUUUGCCUGUGCCGCUGGAUCAGAUUGAACGUCUUCGCCUGACCAAAACCAAAGAUGAAAAGCUCGAGAGAAAGUUCUUUCAGCGACAGUUCACUUAUCUUUUGAGGAAUAUUCAGAGAGGCGAGCUAGUGGUCUACGAUGAUGAUGAAGUUGUGCCCCUGGAGUUGGCUGAAAAACGGCCGGUCGGGCAGAUAGCAGGACUCACUCAGAGCAACUUUGACAAGGUGCACCUCCCUGGAAGAUCGGAUGAUUUAUUCCUACGUCGCAAAAUCCCUCUUGGUACCACAGCAGGUCGUAUGCCGAAGGAAGAGUUUCUCUCUGGCGUCGAAGCUAUGAAAGUCAUUGAGCAUGACCAUCUCACGUGUCUUUGGGGUUCCUAUAUCCAUCACGACUCUGGCUACCUCCUCCUCACGCCUGCUAACGAUAGCACCUUGAAGUCCUUCUUCAAUGUGACGCCUCAGUCCAUCAAGAUAUUAGCAAAGCAAGACCGCCGGCUCCUACUUUUGAACUGGAUCCAUUGUCUCGCCGAUGGGCUUGCUUUCCUGCAUAGCGCAGGCCUAUCCCACAGCAAUAUCAGACCCUCGAAUAUUAUGCUGAAUGACGAGAAUCACAUUUUCCUGGGAGAUUGUUCAAUAUUUCCAACCUUGAAUCUCAUUGGCGAAAAAAGGGGAUUCGAUAAAGAGUCCUACGAUUAUUCCGCUCCUGAGCAAGCUGCACGUCCCCAAGCCCCAGCUCCUGUCAUCUUUCCAAACGUCCGCUCAACCGUCAGAGCAUCAACUAUCAAAAGAACCUCUGGAUCCAGCAAUAGUAGUUCCGCCCACUCGGCCGGCUCCAACGGAAGAAAUCCUACUUUGCCUUCAAUACUUACAACCAACGAUACUUCAUCAAUCCAUACUUCAUCCACCGGCUCCAAUUCGGCAACUUCUCCCAUCUCCCCCACCAACAAAACAGACAAGCAUUCAGGGGGACCUAUGAAGUACGACCCCCAGAAAUCCGACGUCUUCUGUCUAGGCACCAUCUUCCUCGAAAUCCUCACCUUCCUCCUCAAACGCGCCCAACGCAACUUCGCCUCGCACCGCUCCGCCAAAAACAAAACCCCAGGACGCGGCGGCGGCCUCCCCGACGCAUCCUUCCACAAGAACCUCGGGCAGGUGGAAAGCUGGAUCGCGACUCUCAAGAAAGAUGCCUCGAAGAAAGAAGACCGCAUCUUUCGCGGCAUAACCCCAACCCUCGAACUCAUCGGGACAAUGAUCUCCCCCGUCCCCGAAGACCGCCCCACGGCACAGCAGGUGCAAGAACGGCUCAACAUCAUCCUAUGCGUGAAAUGCGGGCUGGGCCUGCCUCCCCCUGGCUCAAAGGAGAAAUCAAAGGGCCGCAUCCACUGCGAGUCCCGCAACCUAGAUCCGCACCGCGAGUCGAAUUUCGAUUUCGACGAGAUGCGCCUGGCGUCGCAACGCGCCGCCGCUGCGGCCUGCGCUUCCGUCGCGCCGAUCAGCAAGCUCAGCGGUGUCAACGAGGACGAUAUACAGGUCAUCUACGGCAUGACUAUGGAUACAGUCGCGACGAGCCCACUUGCAACUUCACCUCCCCCACCACCACCAUUAUCACCGCAGUUGGUAAAAAGGGAAAAGUCCAAUAACAGCGAUAGCAUAAGCAUUACCACGAAAACGAGCCGCAGUAGCGAGGGGAAGAGCAUGAGCCGCAUGGGCAGCGUGAGUGGGAGUGGGGGUGGUGAUCGGAAGGCGAAGAGCAAGGCGAAAGCGUGGCAGGCGCCUGUUUACGCUGAAAUUAGCUUCGGAUGA